AUGCUGUUCUGCCCUUACUGCGCUAAUAACCUGACUAUAGGUGAUGCGGAAGACACGUCAGAGCAGGCUUGGGUCUGCCCGACAUGUCCGUAUAAGUGGCUCAUCAAGAAGCAAAUAUCAAUGCGAACCCAUUUGAAGCUGAAAGAGGUGGAUGAUGUCCUCGGGGGGCAGAAGGCAUGGGAGAAUGUCGACAAGACGACUAUCACUUGCGGGAAGUGCGACCAUACUCAGGCGUACUAUCGACAACUACAGAUCAGAUCUGCAGAUGAGCCGAUGACGACUUUCUAUAAAUGCGAGAACUGCUCUCAUGAGGAUAAGACCAUGUUUUGCUGA